AGGAACUAGGGAUCGCCCUUUCUACGAUAGAAUCUGCAUUCAAUGCGCAUCAUAAUUAUGAAAAAGUAAUCAUAGAAAUCUAUGGUUUCGACAAACGUAAGUGAGACUUUUGUCAGAAAGAUUACACACUAACCGUUAACCAUCCUAAGGAAAAGAUUUUCAAUGAAAUUUUUUUGUUCGAAAAAGCAAUUGUUAAGUAUGCCAGUCGACUGAGUUUUGUUUGCUGAUCUUGAAUGUGUUCUUAUUUUUGCUUGAAAAUAGAAGAGAAGUGAAAAGGGCACAAAAUAAGUGAAAUGCCGAAAGUCAGAGGUGAGUUUGUAACCUUUUUCUGACAACAGUCUCACUUACGUUUGUCGAAAACAUAGGUUUCUAUUAUAUAGAUCUAUUCUAUCGUAGAAAGGGCGAUCCCUAGUUCCUCAUCCUCGCUCUUCUACCUAUGUUUCAAUCGUUAGUGCUCGUUCUCAAUGAGUCUGCAGAACCACACAAUAGUUAACCUUCAUACUUUGACUGAAUAGUCCACAGUCGUCGAAGAGUAUUUGCUGUAAGUUUGAUGAAGUCGAGUUGAUGUUCCUAGAAUGACUUAAGCAUUUUCCUUGGAAAGGAUCUCAUAUCUCAGAACUUCAUUUCAGAGGCCCGUUAAAUAGCUGUGUUUCACUUACUGCUAACAGCCAACUCACAGAUUAUAUUGCAGAUAGACUAGAGUCGUGGCUACAUUUUAGUUCUUAGGUCAGGAGCUACUGAUAUUUUACGAAAAAGUCUUAAAUCGCUUAUAUCUCACGAAUCAUGCAGUAAAAGAAGCCCAAACUUGAUGGGUGAUCAGUAUUCGGCAAGAGGUAUGCACACAAAAUUACAAGUCCCUGACUAUCAUAGUUCUGGAUCUUAGAGAAAUGUUCGAAGUCAUUUGAAGUCAAACAUGAUUUGAUUGGAUUAUUAUUUUAGUCAUUUCGGGGUUGACUCGCCUAAUUCUUCAAAGCUCUAAGAACCCAUCGAUCCACGUACUAGAGCUUACCGUUUCGGAUUCUUUAUAACUACAAAGUCUGUAAUCUUUCAUGACUUAUCAAUCGGCUUAUCGAGGUCGGUGCAUAGAAAUUAUGAUUAUAAUGGUGCUGAUAAUAUAUCUAUACUGUAGCUUUUCAAUAAAAGAAAAAAUUAUAUCGCUUUCAGGUUUAUUUUCUCUUCAAGCAUCUAUUUGACCAAGUUUAUAUAGAUACAUUUAUAUAAGAGGCUUUUUAGAGUUGGAUUUUGUUUUCUUGAUGGGCUUCCUACUGUAGAAAACGAAAAAAUUGACCAAAUCGGACUUCUGACAACAUCAUAGUUAAUGCAGGCAAAAAAAGACUCAACCCCCUAUACGUUUAAUGUGAAUCGUCAUAUCUGGCAAGUUAUCCAUUACAAUGAUUUUUUCAUUUUAUAGAGAGUCAUAGCUUUCUGCCAAAACUCGAAAACUUGAUUGAUUUUCGAUUUUAUUUUAUAUCUGUUACAUCGCCUGCUUUUAUAAUUGCAAAUCCGACAACUGAGAAUGUAAUAGAAACGUUUCAGUCUGUGUAUUGGCUCCGAACAAGAUGGAAAAUUGGCUGUUUUGUAAAUCCGGUUCAAAAUGGUCUAAAUUAUUUUUGUCAAGUAUUCAGCUUACCAUUUCAAUAUGAAAGUCUUAGAUUUAUUCCUAACAUAUUGUUAAAUUAUAAACAAAAUUAUUUAACGCAAACGACAUGUUACGAUUGGAUUAAUGUUCGAACUCUGUUAUUACAUGAUACUAAUCAUCAACAAUAUUCAGUUGAAUUUUUUAAACUAAUUAAAGAGAACUUUCUUAAUUUAGAAACGCUUCAUAUGGAGGAGGGUUGUUUGUUAGAUAACCAGUUAAUACACGAUCGACAGCUGACACUGAAUACGACCAGCAUAUUAAUUUUAAAUGAUGAAAAUAUGGGCAGAGAUUUUGGAAAGCAAGUACAAGUCAGAGAUAAGAAUAGUGUCGGAGAGAUUGAGGUUGGUUUAUCCGCACAUGAUCAAGAUACAAAAUUUGUUGUGAUUCGAUCUGACAUACAAUCAGAAUUCUUCAAUAAUUUUGUUUACGAAAACUCGAAUGAUUUAUUAUUUGUCUUUGAUGAUAUCGACCAAUAUUUGCAAUAUUUAUUGUCAAACAACGACAAACAAAUUAUUCUUUUUAUUGCUGAUAAUAGAAAUGUAGAUCAUUUAUUACAUGAAAAUGCUAAAAAUAUUAAAUAUGUUUAUAUAUUGAACAGCAGCAAUGAAGAAAAGUCACAUGUUGUGAAUAAUUCCAAAAUUCGAGGUGUAUUUGACGGCGUUCGUGAUUUCCUGUUUCAAUUAGCAGAUGAAAUUGUUUAUUAUUAUCGACAACAAGCUCAACAAUUUGAACAACAAAAUAAACAUGAUUUAGCUAAAGAAAAAUAUGAAAAAGCACAGCAAUUAUAUGGACGAUUAGUCGAUAGUUAUAAACGAUUAGAAUUACAAACAGAGUCAAUAGGUUUGUAUUCGAUACAGAUAAUAUGGCUCAAUAUUGAUCGUCAAGAUGAAUCUAAAGUAGUACGUGAGACAUUAGAACAAUUUAAUACAAAUAUUAAAUUAUUUUAUAAAAAACAUGAAUGUUUAUCAUACAUACAAAAACAAAAUAAACAAAAUAUUUUCCUUGUUAUAUCGGAUUAUACAGAUGAAGAAAAUACUCUUAAUUCGUUUAAAACAUGUGAGAAUUUAACAAAUAUUUAUAUUUAUUGUACCGAUAAAAAUCGUAGCAAAUCAUGGUCAAAAGAAAAGAAAAAUAUUCAUGAAAUAUUUACUGAUUAUCAUGAUCUAAUUUUUAAAUUAAUACAUGAUAUUACUUAUUAUUAUGGACGAAAAGGACAUGAAUAUGAACAAUUAGGAAAACAUCAAUUGGCUUUAGAACAAUAUCAACAAGUGGAACGUUUAUAUAAUAUUCUUGCGAAAAAUUUACCAAAUUCACAUCACAUUGUUUUAAAAUAA